AUUUUUGCCGGUAGUUCCUAAGAUACACAACUUGCGAUACUGACUUAAUUAGAAUGAGGUUAAUGCGUUUGCUUCACAAUUAUUUGCAUGGGAAUAUGAAAUAAUAUUAAAUAUUUGAGCCAUGCAAAAAUUAUAUUUAUUGUUUUUGCAAAGCAUAUUAUAACCUUACAAUCCACAUUUCAAUUUUUAGAUAUAAAUAGCUUUAUAAUAUAGGUAUAUAAUGACCGAUUGUGAAUGUGUGAAGAGAGUUCUACUCCAACAAACCCAACUUUGCUAUUAUGUCUUCCUUGAAAGAUUUGAAUGCUGAUAAGCAAUUUAAACCAUUGAAGACUAUGGAAAAUCCUAUGUUUUCCUCUACUGUCAGUAGUGAGGACAUUUCAAAUCACCAAUCAUUGUUUAAAUUUGGCAGCAAAAGUGAUGAUUUAUCUGCAAUGUCUGUUGCUAGCUUAUACAAAAGUGCUGAAAAUUUAGAUAUAGAUAUGGAUACUACAAGGGACAUUUUAACAGAGCAACCAAAGAAGGCACCAAGAAUUGUAAUAAUGCAGAAUUUGAAACCUGUUACUGUUGUAAAAGAAAGUGAGAACAUUAAUUCUAUCGAUAAUAAAAACUGUCCCAGGCCAACAAUAUUCUUCCGUGAUGGAAUAAGAUCGGUAGACUUUAUUCUAGUAUGGGAUUCAUCUGAUGAAAAUGCUAUAAGUCCAGAUGGUUACAUGAAGAGGCAAAUUUUUGAAACAAACUUGAAUAAGGAAGGCCUAGAGUUGGAAUAUGAAACUCCUGAAGAAAAUGGAUUGAAUUUUGUUAAGGUGCAUGCUACUAGAGAAGUACUAAGACGGUAUAGCGAGAUUCUAAAGUUGAGAAUGCCCAUGCGGGAGGAAUUAUGUAAAUUGCCCAGAGAGUAUCGGCUUAAUAUGUUUAAUAAUCCCAGUUCUUAUUUGGCACAAAAGAUUCCCGCGUUGAGGCAGAUGUCAAGGCAAACUAAUUUUAUAGUAGAAGGCAUCCAUGAUCAAUGGAAAAAAUUGAAGACCUUCAUCUUCAUUGAUCAAACCAAAUUUCCGGAAAAAGAACAAAGAUUCACUGCCGUUUAUAGUAGAGAUAGAGAUUACUUAUUUGAUAUUAAUUCCGAAUGUUUUUUUACACCCGCCAUACAUUCUCGAAUAGUUCAGUUUAUCCUGGAUCGUAAAAGAUUUAGUCACAGCAUGAGCGAAGAUUUCGCUUUUGGAAUCGAAAGAUUACUCGACGAUAAAAUAUAUUCGGCAGCUUACCCGCUGCAUGACGGAGAUCUGAAAACCAAAGAGUCUACCAGAUAUUUAUUGUACACUGAAUGGGCUUCCUUAAGAAAAUGGUACCGAUAUCAACCUCUGGACUGCAUCAAGGAAUACUUUGGUGUGAAAAUCGCUUUGUAUUUCGCGUGGCUUGGGUUUUACACUUACAUUUUGAUACCCCCCGCAUUAGUUGGUCUGGCGUGCUUUAUAUACUCUUGUGUGACCCUGUACGACAACAAACCAAGUGAGGAUAUAUGCAAGGACUCUGAAACUAGAAUGUGCCCUUUGUGUGACGUGUGGUGCGACUAUUGGAAUUUAAAAGAAAGCUGCGUUCACGCUAGGAUAACAUAUCUUUUCGACAAUCCGACAACUGUAUUUUUUGCUAUUUUUAUGUCUUUUUGGGCGACGCUGUUUUUGGAGAUGUGGAAACGGUACUCGUCAGAAAUAACCCACAGGUGGGACUUGACGGGAUUCGAUGUGCAAGAGGAACAUCCCAGACCACAAUAUCUGGCCCGAUUGGCUCACGUUAAACGGAAGCAAGUGAACGUUGUUACCAACACCAUGGAACCGUUAGUGCCGUUCUGGAGAAUCAAAGUUCCCAUGACCAUAUUCAGUUUUUCCAUUGUUUUGUUGUUGGCAAGCUUGAUAUUUUUCCUCCAAGUGUAUAAUUUUGUUUUACACCUAUUCUUCAAGGUCAGCAUGUCGCUAGCUACCGUGGUGGCCGUGGUAUUAUACAGGAUGUCGCUGCUGGUGGCACUGAAGGUGCAUUCUGAUAAAGUAGAUAAGAGCUAUGUGAUUUUGUUUACCACCGCCACUGCCGCUUGUAUAAACUUAGUUAGCAUCCUCAUUUUCAACUACAUUUAUACCUAUGUGGCAGAAUACUUAACAGAAUUUGAAUGUCUUAGAACCCAAACCGAAUUCGAUGAUUCAUUAACUUUGAAGAUAUAUCUUCUGCAAUUUGUGAACUAUUAUGCUUCAAUAUUCUACAUAGCCUUUUUUAAAGGCAAAUUUAUCGGAUUCCCUAAGAAGUAUAACAAAAUCUUUGGCUAUAGGCAAGAAGAGUGCGGUCCCGGAGGUUGUCUAAUGGAGCUUUGCAUCCAGUUGGCUGUCAUUAUGGUAGGCAAACAAGCGAUGAAUACGGUUUUGGAAAUGAUUUUUCCUUUAUUCUUUAAAUGGCUCAAUACUCUAAGAGUAAAAACUGGUCUCAGUAAAGAAAAACGAUCUUGUAAAGGUUUGAGGCCUCAGUGGGUAAAGGAUUUUAAACUUGUGGAAUGGGGUCCCAGGAGUCUGUUUCCUGAGUAUUUGGAAAUGGUUUUGCAGUAUGGCUUUGUAACUAUAUUCGUAGCAGCAUUUCCUCUGGCCCCAUUUUUUGCCCUUUUGAAUAAUAUCCUAGAAAUGCGGUUGGAUGCCAAAAAAUUGUUAACAUUCUAUAGAAGGCCGGUAUCACAAAGAGUUAGGGAUAUAGGGGUGUGGUAUAGAAUUUUGGAUUCUAUAGGAAAAUUGUCUGUUGUGACAAAUGCUUUCAUUAUAGCGUUUACGUCAGAUUUUAUACCUCAAUUGGUAUACAGAUUAACGUCAAGUGAGAAUAGAAAUCUGGAGGGCUAUCUGAACAAUUCACUUUCUUAUUUUAAAACUGUGGAUUUUCAUCCAUCAUCCAGUCCCAAAAGUAAUAGUUCAGAUGAAUAUUGCAGAUAUCCGGAUUAUCGAACGCCACCAUGGUCUUCAGACCCAUACGAAAGAACAACAAUGUAUUGGAAUAUUCUGGCAGCAAGAUUAGCUUUUGUUGUGCUUUUUGAAAAUCUCGUGGUGGUUGUUAUGAUUGUAGUUAAGUGGUGUAUUCCCGAUUUGCCCGGCGAGCUUAGAGAUCGAAUACGUAGGGAAGCAUAUAUUACCAACGAGAUUAUCAUUAAGCAGGAAGCGUUGAGAGCUCAACAUGGUAAUCCAUUAGCCGCUGGUGAUGCGGACCGAGAAAACUUGCGCAAUAUAAACGAAGCACCCUCCACUCCUCAGCAAUGGGACAGGUUGAUAAGUAAAUCUUUGUCAGGUAGCGAGUUCGAUCUUCUGAUUCAUGGCGGUAAAGACAAAGGAGAGGGAGAGUCACCAGCAUCAAUUUAAAUACUGUUACAGUUCCUCAAAGUCUAGUCUUAUAUUUCUAUGGUUGUGUUAUUACUUCCAAGGUUGGUAAAACCUAGUCUUUAUCAUUUGUUUUAAUUUUUGCUAUUUAAAAGCGACUUGUGAUUUUAUGUUCAUUAUUUUAUUUAUAUUUAUUAUUUUUGUGGUUCGGUAAUUUCCAAAAGGUUAGUGCUGUUUAGAAAUCUCAUGGUUUUGCUUUAUUGACAAAAUGAAUUUGCUUAUAAGGAUUG